AUGCGCUCUGAUUUAAAAUAAAUUUAAGAUAGCUGUUAAAUUUGUAAUAAAUAAGAUGCAGAAUUAUUAAGAUGUUCUUAAUGCAAAUCAAUUUAUUAUUGUUCUAUAGAAUGUUAAAAAAAAGAUUGGAAAGAUCAUAAAUUUAUUUGUUCUGAAAUUGUCUUAAAGUAAUAAAGAGAAAAGUAAAGAACAGAUAGAAAAGCAUAAGGGAAAAAAGCAAUAGAAAAUUUUGCAGAUUUUGAAAUUUUUGGCCAUGGAAACUUUUCAGAUAUUUUUAGGGUUCGAGAAUUGAAACUAAUUAAUUAUAUGCAGUAAAAUAAAUUAAUAAAAGAAAAUUAACUUAAGUAAAUAAGGAAAAAGAUAUUUUUAUGGAAAAACAUUUUUUAAGCAAACUUAAUGAAAACCCCCUUAUGUAAUUAGAUUAUAUUCCACAUUCCAAGAUAAUGAA